AUGUAAUAAAUUACUACCUAGCAUAUUUAUGUAAUGCAAUGUUUUGAGAAUCUUCGAAUAGUUAGUUAAUGUUUUUAGCAUAAAACUGUCAAACUAGUAUACAUUUUUGCGGAAAGAAUUAUUUUAUUAAUAAUUUACUUCCAACCGAGACAAGUAACAAAAAAUGUUAAACGCUACUUAAGCACAAAUUAUUUCGCAAACUAUUCUUGACUAAAACUGACGUAAAAAUUUACUAUCGUUCGAUCCUCAAACUGUUACGAGGAAAAUAAUUAUUUAAGUAAGAAUGAUAGAAGGAUAUGGAGCUGUGACUCAGGCUUUGCUGGGAACUUUGUUAACAUGGGGAUUGACUGCUGCUGGUGCUGGUUUAGUUGUGUUUUUAAGAGGCAAUCAUAGAAAGACGCUUGAUGCGUCACUAGGAUUUUCAGCUGGUGUGAUGAUUGCUGCCAGUUUCUGGUCACUUUUAGCACCUGCCAUAGAAUUAGCUGAAUCCUCAGGGCAUUAUGGAAGUGAUGGAAGAUUUGCUUUUAUACCAGUUGCUGUUGGUUUCUUAUUUGGAGCAAUUUUUGUAUAUGCAACAGAUAAAGUUAUAACUUAUCUUGGCAUAGACUCAGCAUCGAUGAUGAUACAAUUAACUCAAUCAAAUAAAGAUAAAGCAACAAUUGCCAUGGAUGAAUGUGCUUUGGAACAUGGAAAGACACCAAUGAUGGUUGGUGUAUUAAAUGAACAUUCAAUGACUGUUGGGAUGGACAGCUUCGCUGAUUGUCUCAAUGAUCAACACACAAGUCACACAAGAAAGCGAAGAAAGAAGGAUAAACAUCCAACAGAACAAGAAACUUAUGAAAAUAAUGCACAAAAUGAUCUUCAAAAUCGUGUGACACAUUGGAAGAGAAUAAUUCUCUUGAUCACUGCAAUUACAAUUCAUAACAUUCCGGAGGGUCUCGCUGUUGGUGUGAGCUUUGGAGCGAUUGGUUCAACAUCAAAAGCAACCUUCGAAGCAGCACGUAAUCUUGCAAUUGGUAUUGGAAUUCAGAAUUUUCCUGAAGGUUUAGCGGUUUCACUUCCCCUUCAUGCGAGUGGAUUUUCACUUGCGAAAAGUUUCUGGUAUGGACAAUUGAGUGGAAUGGUGGAACCGAUUUUUGGUGUCUUAGGCGCACUUGCUGUUUCAAUAGCCACGAUGAUUCUCCCAUUUGGCUUAUCAUUUGCUGCUGGUGCAAUGAUCUUCAUCGUUGCUGAUGAUAUUCUGCCAGAAGCGCAUUCAAGUGGAAAUGGCAUGUUGAGCACAUGGGGAUGCAUUAUCGGUUUCAUUGUUAUGAUGUGCCUUGAUGUUGGAUUAUCAUAAAACUUUUUUGUAUCUCCACUCACACAAACUUCUAACUGGACAUAAUUCAUCAUCUUUCCAAAGAUGUUAAAUUCGACACAGAAAUUAAGUUUUUUAUAUUAUUAUUUUUGACAACCAACAGAACUUUGUUCUUCGUACUUAAAAGAUUGUAGAUUGGAAAUUGUGAUGAUGAAUCAAAUUCCAGGAAUAUUUUUGUACUAACAAAUCAGUUGAUCAAUGAAUGAUAAAAAGAGAUUCAUCAAAGUAAAAUAAUAGAAGCUGCUAGAGCUGCCAUUGCUUUUACUUAAUUAAUUACAAUUCUUCUUCUUCUUAUCAUAUUUUCUAAUUUUCCUACUUAUAGGUUCAAAUUCCUAAAAACUUAAAAUCAUAUUAAAAAAACUAUUUUAUUUAGAAAUUAUGUGAUAAUAAAGAAAAGGAAAUAAAACCAAAUAAAAAGAAGUUUUCUGUUA